AUGGUCUGGGGCCAUAUCUACCGACUUUUCCGACUUUUCCCAUUCGGGAUAGCGGCAUUAGCAGUCAGCUCGAAUGCUACCACAAAGGCCUGUAGCCACGAUACAUUCGCUUCGCUUGGUCUCCCAGACAUCAAUAUCCUUUCAGUUGAAGCGGCUGUGACUGAAGCAACUUGGAAUCCAGCAAAUACCCUGAACGCCUAUCCCAUUUCGACAAACGAUACUGUGAAAGUCUGUCAGCUCACGAUUAAUUACACUCAUCCCGGCUGGAAUGACAAAAUUACCGCAUGGGUCUCACUCCCGGUUGACUCUUGGAACGGCCGGUUCUCCGGAAUCGGUGGUGGUGGCUGGACUACUGGUACCUUGGCUGCCCUUAGCCAGGCUGUCUUCCAAGGCUACGCCGCAGCGUCGACAGAUGGUGGCCAUGCAUUGGCGGUUAAUGUCAGUUCCUGGGGACUGACCAAAGAAGGCAACCUAAACUGGCCGAACUUGCAGGAUUUCAGUGCAACUGCCCUUGACGAGAUGACGUCAUUGGGAAAGAUGGCCACGCGAACUUUCUAUGGGAAGCCUCCAAAGUAUUCAUACUGGAAUGGUUGCUCGACAGGAGGUCGCCAGGGACACAUGAUGGCUCAGCGGUAUGCAACUCAAUAUGAUGGUAUCCUGGCGGGCGCGCCCGCUAUCAACUGGGACAAGUUUAUUCCUUCCGAGUUCUGGCCACAGGCUAUGAUGAAGCAGCUCGACUAUUAUCCAUCAGAAUGCGAAUUAGACGCUAUCACGAAGCAUGCAAUCGAAGCCUGCGAUGAGAUCGAUGGAGUUAAAGAUGGUAUCAUUUCUAUGCCAGGGAGCUGCCAAUUUGACCCUCUUACGGUGGUUGGCAAGACCGCGCAAUGCACCUCUGGCAAUGAAACAAUUCGAAUUUCUAAGAAAGGAGCAGAGCUCGUCUCUCUCAUAUGGGCUGGACCAAAGGACACACAAGGAUCGCCCCUUUGGUAUGGGCUGAAUUACGACGCCCCUUUGGCGUUUUUAGCGGGAACAAACUGCACAUUCUGUGGAAAAUCCCACUGUGAACAGGUUCCUUUUACCAUAUCCGCAGACUGGAUUCAAGUGUUCCUGUCUGGAAAUUCUUCCCUGGAUUUAUCCAUAAUUGACCACGAAAGAUUUGCUCGUCUGUUCCGCGCAUCUGUGAACCAAUUCAGCUCGGUCAUCGGCACCCGGGAUACCGACCUGACGGAGUUCAAGAAUGCCAAGGGGAAAAUGAUCACUUGGCACGGCAUGAAGGACCAACUUAUCUUCUUCAAUGGGACUGUGGACUACUAUAGUCGCGUUCUAGAAAACGACCCAAAGGUUCACGACUACUAUCGCCUCUUCCUCGCCCCCGGUGCCGAGCACUGCACUGCUGGGAUAGGCUGGUAUCCAGGAGACAGCUUUCAGGCUCUAGUUGACUGGGUGGAAAAUGGUAUAGCGCCGGAUACGCUGCGUGCUAUUGCUACGCCGUCUGCAACAGGCAGCAGCAGCCCUCCAUUGCGGACGGCUGACUUGUGUGCCUGGCCUAAAGUUUUAACUUACGUCGCAGGUGAUUUCAAUGAAGCUUCUUCGUUUACAUGUCAAUAG